UUUACUCUAACUCGUUUUACGUUGGGGAAAAAAAUAGAAUAGGGCAAACAGACAUGACAUAACAAAAUUCACGAAGGCGUGCUGCUUGUCAUAAAUUAAAAGGAUACUAAGAGCAUAACUUUUUCUACUGACUACUACAGUGAAUGUUCACUCCGUCUUCCUGGCCCAACAAAAGUUAGUUUUCUCGACAUGUUUCCCUCUAGUUUCGGACUGUGCCUGAGGGAGGGCUGGCAUUAAGCAAAUGGAUGUGUGUGUGUGGAUAGGAACUGCUGAGUGCUCCUGGCUAUGCUAUACUCUGCAGAAAUUAGGAUGGAAACCAGCUGAGUAAAGAACAUGAAAGGUGUAGAAUGAAACAAAAGCAUCACCUCUCAUCCCAACUGUUUGCUAAGCCUGAGACCUCUGAGAUGCUUCAGAUGGUUCAGGGUCAGAGGAGAAUGCAUUCCAUUAAUAAUCAUCAUUUGAGUCAAGUUCCAAAGAACCAUUCAUCCUAUUCAGCACGACAAAGACAGACAGAUGAAAAGACCUUGGACAAGAUUCAUACUGUAAUGCACAGGAAAGAUGUGAGGUGGAAACAAAAUCAAGAGGAAAAUAAUACAACUUAUUUUUAUCUGUCUCAUGGAAGUAAAGUUAACCAACUGCUGGAUGAAAACCCAGUAUCAGAGAAGACUUUUCAUGAGAAACAUUUAUUGCCAAAAUUGAUGUCACAUGCUCAGCUGCAAUCUUCCACUAAUCUACAGGAAUGUAAUAGUAACUGUAGUUUGAAGCAAGCUCAUGGACAGUCACUUGAUGCAGAGAAGACUGUUCUGCCAAAAAAACAGAUUCAUCAAGCCUCCUUAAAACAACCAACAUGGAAUUAUAAGGGAGACAUGGUCAAAGAUGUAUGGUAUGAUGAAACAGAACCAGAGGACGACUGUGUUCUGAACUGUAUUUUAAAGCUCAGAGAAAAGCUAGGCUGGUGCACUGAGUUUCUUGAAAAGAACAGUUCAGGGGCAUCAACAGACUCAAAAAAUGCAAAUGAGAAAGAACAGAAGACGGAUAACAAAGGGGAAUAUGUAUACUGCCUGCUGAGAAACCGAAAUGAUCCAAAGGCUCGAUAUAAUCCAUAUGACCUCCAGGUUGUUUCUGCUCAUACAGCCAAGCAGAGCAUGCAGUACUGGACUGUAAGUGCCUCUUACAUUGUCAAGGUGUCAGCCUUAGAAAAGUGUGAAAUUACACGUGUGUUGGAAUGGCUGUCUGAGAGAAAGAUGUUCAACAAGAUCUUCCAAUUACCAUUAUUUACAAAGUUCAGAAUCUGGAAAGCUUUUUCAGCCUGGAAAAUCAAUGUUCGGAAAUCCAAAGCAAGCAGUUACAAGAAACUGUUGACCAAAGAACUGUUUUUUGCCGAUGAAAUUCUUCAGAGGUGUUUGAUCGACAUAAAAGAAUUAUGUGAGGCAGCCAGCAGCAGUAGUGGAGGGCUUGGAUAUAAAGACAAAGUCAUUGUAUUUGUAAAGCUGGAUAGAUCAUGUACAUAUUCCCUUCAGAAGUUUUGUGAAGUGCAGGCUCUUCAGCGUAAAUAUGCACUCAGUCAGCUUGAAAGUCUUCAUGACAAGGUUACUGAACUGAUUAGACUGUCUUUCCUGAAGGUGGCAGAAAUAAAAGGUGCCGAGAGGCUGUUUCUGCCUGCGUCCAUGGACCCAGAGGAUAGACCCUUGUAUGCAAAGAUCGCUGAGUGGCGCAGUAUUCUAAAUAGGUUUGACAGGUUCCUGAAACUGGUGGAUAAGAUCUUUGAGGAGAUGCUUUGCCGUUUAGUGAAAACAGCAGUUCACCUUCUUUUAGAUUUUCUCAAUGCCUCUUACAAUAAUGAACUAGCAGAUGGCAAACGAAAAAAAGACUCAGGGAAAACAAAUGCUAACAUUUCAAGUCAAGAUCUAGAAAUGGGUAACAAUGGCAAAGAGCUAUGUACUCAUUUGGAUGCACCACCUAAAAUACAGUCAAGUGAACCAAAAACUUUUAAUCAUAUUGAUGAGGUUUUGGCAGAUAUUAAGAAAAAUCAGCAGCUGGAGCUGGUAUCUGAGGCAGUCUUUGAAGUUAAUCUUGUGCUCACCAUCCUCAGUGAGACUGAAGUCCAUAAAGAUUACCACAACCUGCAUACAAAAGUCUCAGCUACUGUAUUACCUGAUGGUACUAUUGAUUUGAAUGGUCUUGAAAAUUCUGAAGAAACAGGUGAUGAAGAACGGGUAGAUAUUGAAGAGUGUAUUACAAGAUGCACUCAAAAACCAAUGGUAACUAUGUCUGUUCAGCCCUCCCUUGGUGACUUUUCUCUAAAAAUACAAGAAUUACUCCAUGAAUUAGAACAAACAAUAGUCAAGCUGACAUCCUUCGGUAAGGACCCUCAGCUGCUGCCCUUCCACUCCAAACCCAUUUAUGACCUGAAGCUCUCAGUAGACAAGGAGCAAGACCUGGAGCAACAGCAAAACCUAAGACCAUGGCCAAAUUUAGAACUACUGCUAGGGACUGAUUCCUCCUACCAUUCUGAUAUUACAGAUUCCUUGAAGAAGAUGGAAAUGGGGAUGAAAGCUGUUGCAGCUUACAGCCAGAGGUUUCAGAUGUUCUGUGGAAUGGUAGAAAAAGCCAUGCUGACUGAUGUAAACGCAUUUAUGGCAGGAGAACAUUGGGCACCCCUCGAUUUGAGGUCUAUUUUGGCUUUACACACAGAGCAUGUUCAGCAGAUAAAAAGGAUGAAUACUGAAAAGCGAAUAAAUAUGAUGAUGGUAAUGACUCACCAAUACCAAAAAGACUGUUUACUGCAUCCAGAGGCUGUGGUCUCCACCAUUCACUCUUUGCUGCCUGUUUUUGCCAAGGAGAGAAAUCUGGAACUGAUGGAGGUUAUUACAGGAGCUUUGAAAAAGUUGGAUAAAGAAAUUGAAAAUGUAGAAGAGUUUGUGGAUCACCUAACCUUCCUGGGGCGUAUCACUCUGGAAAUGCCUGCUUUGGAAAGGCAGUAUGAUUUUGUCACCCAGUUAUAUACCAUUGCUAAAGAUUACAGAAUCCCCAUUUCUCCAGAGGAACUGGCCUUGUACCAGAUCCUAGUCCCCAGCUUCCAGCACCUCAAAUCUACUGUCCUCAUCUGUGAAACUAACAGAGAUGACAACGUUGUUAGGUUUAGUGGUGAUUUGGGAGUGUACCUAAACCGUCUCCGAUAUGAACUCAUACAUGUAAAGACAAAGGUGAAUAAUCCAGUCCUCCUUCAUUCUGAAACGUCUCCAAAUGUUGCCAAAGAAAUCAUCCAGUCUUUAACAGAGGAAGUUGAAAUAUUUUCCCAAAAAGCCCACAGUUACUCAAGUUACAGGGAGCUUUUGGGGAGUUCCAUUUCAACUAAGAAAUCAUUCACAGCUCUAUCGGAGAAGGGGCAAGCAAGUCAAGCAAGUGGUGCCAGUGCCAUGGCAGUAGAAGCUGAGUUGUCUGAUAUUGACUAUCACUUGACUUUACGAAAGCUUUUAUGGGAAAUGCAGGAGGAGUGGGACAGGCUGUACAGGCAGUGGAAGGACACCAACUUUGAUCAUCUCAACGUGGAUGAACUUCAGAAAGAUGUUAACAGGAUCACACAGACUAUUUACAUGUUAGAGAAAGGUUUGCCAGAAAAUGAUAUUGUUCCACAUCUAAAGCAAAGAGUGAUGGAUUUCAAACUCUGUUUACCUAUAAUCGUGGCACUUAGAAACCCCUGUCUCCGUCCCAGGCAUUGGGAAGACAUUCAGUACAAAAUGGGAAGAUCCUUUAUUAAAGAGGAAAAUUUCACAUUGGGAAACUUGCUGGAAUUAAGGGUAUUUCAAUACCAAAAUAUGAUUGGAGACAUAUCCAGCACUGCUACAAAUGAGGCCACACUAGAAGCUAUUUUACAUAAGGUUAUUGACUUGUGGAAAAGCACAGAUUUCCGACUCAUCAGCCACCAGACUGACACCUCAGCUGUCAAGGUCAUAGCUUCAGCUGAAGAUGUUAUGACACAGCUAGAGGAGAGUCAGGCUACCAUCUUGACACUCAAGUCAUCACUUUAUGCAAAUCCAAUUAAGCAACAGAUAGAUGAGUGGGAGCGUAAACUGAAUCUCUUUGCUCAUACAUUAGAGGAGUGGAUAAUGUGCCAGAAAAGGUGGUUAUACCUACAGCCAAUCUUCUCUGCCAAAGACAUCCAAAGACAGCUUCCAGCCGAAGCAAAGCUAUUUUUAAAAGUGGAUCAGACUUGGAAGGAUAUAAUGCAGAGGACUGAAGAAAGACCCAAUGCUCUAAAGGCUGCCACUAGUCCUGGAGUUUUGGAAAUACUGCAAGCUAGCAACAUGCACUUGGACAAGAUACAGAGAUGUCUCGAGGACUACCUGGAAACAAAGAGAAUGGUUUUCCCAAGGUUUUACUUCCUUAGCAGUGAAGACCUGUUGGAUAUUUUAUCUCAAAGUAAAAACCCAAACGCUAUUCAGCCACACUUGGCAAAAUGCUUUGACAAUGUCCAUUCGCUGGACAUCCAGGAUCAAGCUAAAAUUCAUCCAGUUGUAGCAAUGCUAAGGUCUGCAGAGAAUGAAACAAUACCCAUGCCAAAGAAUGUUCAAGUACGUGGACCUGUGGAACAAUGGCUAGGAAAUGUGGAAACAGCAAUGUUCAACACAAUAAAAAGGCAUUUGAAAUCUGGAGUAAUGGAAUGGAACCCAUCAGAAUUUAAAAAAUGGGUACUGUCUCACCCUGGACAAGUUGUCCUUACUGUGACCCAGAUAAUGUUUUACAAGGAAUGUGAGCGUUCCUUCACUGGCACGAAUCAGAGCGUGAGUCUGCUAGAGGUCUUCCAAAACCUGGUGCAUCGUCUUGAGCAGCUGACUGACCUGGCAUCAAACCCACUUGCUCCACACCAGCAAGGCACUGUAGUGGCACUUCUGACAAUUCUUGUUCAUUGCAGAGAUGUCCUGAAACACCUCAUCCAACAGAACGUAUCUAAGCCUGAUGACUUCGAAUGGACAAGGCAGCUACAUUAUGAGUGGAAUGAGCAAAAUUCAAUGUGUUACGUAGUUCAGGCAAAUGCCUCCUUCGUAUAUGGAUAUGAAUAUUUAGGCUGCUCCCAUCGACUGGUCAUCACACCACUUACUGACCGCUGCUGGCUGACACUUACUGGGGCUCUGAACCUCCAUCUCGGAGGAGCUGCUGCUGGACCUGCUGGAACAGGCAAAACUGAAACUGUCAAGGACUUGGCUAAGGCUCUUGGAAAAUUCUGUAUGGUCUUCAACUGCUUUGAAAGUUUAGACUACAAGAUAAUGGGCAGACUUUUCUCUGGUGUGGUACAGUCUGGAGCCUGGUGCUGCUUUGAUGAAUUUAAUCGUAUCGAUGUGGAGGUUUUGUCUGUAAUUGCAUCACAGCUUCAAGCUAUCAAGGCUGGAAAAGAUAGCCAAGUUUUGAGGUUUGUUUUUGAGGGUAGGGACAUACGUCUCAAUGCUUCUUGUGGAGUAUUUAUUACCAUGAACCCAAGUUACAAAGGAAGAGUAGAUCUUCCAGACAACCUUAAAUGUCUUUUCAGGCCUGUGGCAAUGAUGGUGCCUGAUUAUGGACUCAUUGCUGAAAUUAUGCUGUUUUCAGAGGGAUUCAAGUCUGCAAAGCCAUUAUCAAGGAAAAUAGUCAAUCUUUACCAGCUGGCCAGCACACAACUGUCACAACAGGAUCAUUAUGAUUUUGGUAUGAGAGCAAUAAAGUCAGUAUUAGUUAUGGCUGGACAAAGGAGAAGAGCUUCAGUAGAAACAUUAGUACUGACUGCCGAAGAGGAAUCUUCCAUUCUAAUUGGUGCUUUACAAGAUGCCAACCUGCCCAAGCUUGUGCCCGAAGAUGGUCCUCUCUUUAAAAGCAUCAUGGGGGACCUUUUUCCCAGGGUCAUUGCUCCUAAAUCAUUUAAUCCCAAUCUUGAGAAAGCUAUAGCUAUUGCUACAAAAUUACUUGGACUGCAGCAAUGGCCUAACCAAGCAGAAAAAGUCAAACAGCUCUAUGGUCAAAUAUUGGCCCGGCAUGGAGUGAUGUUAGUUGGUCCCACUGGAGGAGGGAAAACAGCUGUUAGAAGACUCUUGCAGAAUGCCCUUCCCUUCCUGCCAGCUCUUACAUCAGCCUGCAAUGAAGAAACGUCCAUGCAGACACCAGCAGUUAAGAAGAUUAAAGUGAAGUCUUUUUCAAUCAACCCAAAGUGUGUCACCCUUGGUGAGCUGUAUGGACAGGUAGAUCCCAACACCCUAGAGUGGUCAGAUGGGCUGCUAGCAUCUGCAGUGAGGACUUUUUCUAAAGAACUGAGUGAAAAGGUGGAUGCAGAAAAGCAAUGUAGUGAGGAAAAUGUAUCAGUCCCAGCUUCUUAUAGUGAUAAUCAAAUAAAUGUAUCCUCUAUUCCUAUAAAUGAGGAAAGACAUUCUACCCUACAUCAUGACAUUAUCAUUGAUAACUGGCGCUGGAUUAUUUUGGAUGGCCCAGUAGAUACAUUGUGGGUUGAGAAUUUGAACUCUGUGUUAGAUGACACUAAAACUAUGUGUUUGGCGAAUGGAGAACGAAUCAACUUGCCUGCAGGAAUGAGAUUCAUAUUUGAGGUGGACACACUAUCCCAAGCCAGCCCAGCCACAAUUAGUCGAUGCGCAAUGGUUUAUAUGGACCCAGUUGACCUUGGUUGGAUGCCCUAUGUUAGAAGCUGGCUCUCCCACCUACCUAAAGAACUGGGGGUUGCUGGCCAAACCUGUCUGCAGAAUUUCUUUGAUAAAAGCAUAUCAGAGGGUCUGCGUUUUGUGAAGAAGAAUCAGAAGUUGCAGACCUUUCCUGUUCCAGAAAUUGCAAUUGUAAUGACUCUGUGCAGCAUUCUUGGUGCCUUCAUUGACUUCCUUGGUAAAAAUGGAGGCCUGGCAGGAGAAGCUUCUGAUAUAGAGAGAAUUGGCGAAGAAGCAAGAGAUUUGCAGACCAAAACAAAUAAUUCAAAUUCCAUUGGGGCAUUUUCUCUGGAAAUUAGCCCCAGUGUAAUUGCAUCAUCUAAAAACAGGGAAGAUUAUAAGUGGUUUCUUCAAAAGAAUCCUGGAAAACUUACUACUUUUCUAGGGAAGCUCUUUGUCUUUGCAUUUACCUGGGCAGUUGGGGGAGUUUUAAACCUCACCGACAAUUAUGAUGACUUUCCAGUUUCAAAAGACAAAGAUGAGACGUGGUCAGAUGUAGCACGUGACUUCCAAAACCUGGUGCAGGAGUUAUUUGAAGGAAAUUCAUCAUAUGGAAUUCAGUUUCCUUCUGGAAAUAGGAUGAUCUUCAGUUAUUUUGUGGAUCUGCAGACCGGUGCAUUUGUGCCCUGGGAAGAUUUGAUUCCUUCUACUGAAAUGCUUAUUCGUAAGAGACUGAACAUAUCUUCCUUCUCUGGAUCACUCAUGUCAGCAGGGUUCAACAAAAAAGUAAACCUAGUAGAAAGUGCAGAUCCAAGAGGCAACCUUAUAUGCACUGCAGAUACAGUCCGGUAUUCCUUUUUAACUAGCUUACUUUUACUCAGCAAACGGCCAGUACUGUUGACAGGAGAUUCAGGUGUUGGCAAAUCUAUGUUGAUUCACAGCAUGAUUCAAAUGCUUCAGAAAGAAGGAGGGCAUUUGGUCAAGCCAGGUACUAUUCUUGGGCAAGUGUUUCUGCACAAUCAAGCAAAAACUGCAAGUUUGCUGGAGGAUGUUAAUUCACUGACUGCUGGCUUUCUGGACGAUGCAAAAAAAGAUGCUAUGUUGAGAAGCACAUCUAUCGAGGAGCUCAUUAGGAUAAGAAGUGUGAGGGGGAAUCCUUAUGAAGACGCUCGGCGCUCUGGCAUAACUGCUUUCAUUAUGCAGUGUACUGCUCGCAGCAGCACCACCCAGUUACAGGCUCACAUCUUAAAGAAACUUGUCAGGAAGGGCAAAGACACUCUCGGAGCUCCCACAAACAAAAGAGCUUUGAUCUUUGUAGAUGAUCUGAACAUGCCAACCCCAGAUGAGUAUGGAGCUCAGCCUCCACUGGAGCUUAUUUUACAAUUUCUGGAGCUUCGAGGACUCUUUGAUACCAAAACACUUGCCUGGAAGAGCAUCCAGGAUGUCACAUUAUUUGCAGCAUGUGCACCUCCUCACGGUGGGCGGAAUGGAAUCAGCACACGUCUUCUGAGACAUUUCUCUGUGUUUGUUCUUCCACAUCCAUCUGAACAGUCACUGCAGCAUAUUUUCCAGGUCCAGCUUGGAAGAUUCCUGGGAAGCCGAGAUUUUAUAGCUGAGGUCCAGAAAUGCAGAGCUCCACUAGUAUCUGCUUCUAUUGCCAUCUAUUAUGAGAUGUGUCAAAACAUGCUACCCACUCCAGCCAAAUAUCACUAUACAUUCAACCUGAGAGACCUGUCAAAGGUCAUUCAGGGUUUGCAACAAGCCCAUGAGUCAGAGUUGGUGUCCAAUGAGGCUGUUGCCCUGCUGUUUGCACAUGAGGUCACUCGUGUGUUCCAUGAUCGUCUGGUGAAUAAUCAAGACAGAGAACAGUUUCAUAGGAUUUUAUCCAAUGAACUGCGUAACCACUUUAAGGUCUCUUGGCCAGCUGAAAAGCUGAUGAAGGAACCAAUUACAUUUGGAGAUUUUCUAGACAUGAACAUCCCAGUACCAUUUAGAAAAUACAAAAACAUUGCGGAUCAUAAGAAGCUACAGGCAGUCUUAGAAGAAUAUGAUAUCAGAAGUGGCAAUAGAAGUUCACAGUCUCCUAUGGUGUUCUUCAAGGAAGCUGUGGAGCACAUCACAAGAGCUGCCAGAGUGUUCAGACAACCAGGAGGACAUAUGAUGCUGAUUGGGCUAGAUGGCACAGGAAAGGCUACCUGUGCAUCCUUGGCUUGCUACAUUUCAGGCUGCCAGCUGUACAGGCUGCCAGUAUCUCGCACCUAUAGCCAUUCUGACUUUUGUGAAGAUCUAAAAAAGGUCUACAGACAAACAGGACUUAACAGAACAAACACUGUGCUUCUCAUCAAAGAUUCAGAUAUAAUUAAGGAUUCUUUCCUUGAAGACAUAAACUGCAUUCUGAACUCUGGUGAGGUUCCAGGCUUGUUUGACAAGGAAGAGAUUGAUGGUAUUGCAGUUGAGCUGAAAUCUGUUAUAGAAAGAUCUCUCAAUUACAAUAAGGAGGACAGCAGAGAAGAAAUGUAUUCAUUAUUCUUAAAGCAAGUGCAUCAGAGGCUUCACAUUGUUUUGGCAUGCAGCCCUGUGGGGUCGUCUCUACGCCAGCACUCCCGCACGCACCCAGCUCUGCUCAGCUGCUGCACUAUUGACUGGUACAGCGAAUGGACAAAAGAAGCCUUACUCAGGGUUGCAGACAUCUUCAUUGACUCUAUGGAGUUUGAAGAAAAAGAACUCAAGGUUCUGCAUGCUAAUGUUGCUCAAGUCUGUGUGGAUGUCCACUACAGUGUAUCUCUGACAGCUGUGCAGUACUGGAAUGAAAUGAGGAGGUCUUAUUACAUAACGCCAAGCAGCUUUCUGGAGUUCCUAGAUACAUUCUCCAAAAUGACUCAUCUCCAAAAAAAGAAAAUUCAGGGCGUAAGGGAUCGGUUUAACAAUGGGUUGUCCAAGUUAUCCGAGGCAACAUCAUUGGUCAGGGUAAUGCAAGAUGAGCUGGUGUCAUUGGGCCCAAAAAUUGAAGAAAUGUCUAAGGAUAUAGAAAUCCUGAUGGAAAAACUGCAAAAAGAUUCCGAGGCAGUGGAGCAGGUCCGGGCGAUUGUGAAAAUGGAAGAAAAAAUUAUGGGAGAAGAAACCAGCAUUGUUCAGGAAUAUGCCGAGCAAGCUGCCGCUGAUUUAAAUGCAGCACUGCCUCUGCUGCAAAAGGCAAUCUCCGCUCUGGAUGCCCUGGAAAAAUCGGACAUCUCCGAAAUCAGAGUCUACACAAACCCCCCCGAUCUGGUAUUAACUGUAAUGCAUGCAGUUUGUAUACUGCUACAGCAGAAACCUGACUGGAGCACAGCAAAGCAGCUGCUGGGAGACCCAGGAUUCCUUAAGCGACUUGUUACACUUGACAAGGACAGCUUGUCUGAGAAGGUGUUUUUGAAGUUACGCAGAUAUUCCAAACAUCCAGACUUCACCCCAGAAAAGGUUGGCUUGGUGUCUGUAGCUUGCCGCUCCAUGUGCCUUUGGGUUUUGGCUCUGGAACAUUAUCACGAGGUGCAUAAGAUGAUUGAUCCAAAACAGAAAAAGGUUGAAGUGGCACAAGAAGCACUUGCAAAAGCCCAACGGAAGCUAAAAGAAAAACAGAAAAAUCUGGCAAAGAUUGAGGAGCACCGUCUUUCUGUAGAACAGAACUACAAUGCAAGUGUCACUGAAAAGGAAGAGCUGGGGAAAAGAAAAGCACUAACCACACUACGGUUGCAAAGGGCCUCCAUUUUAGUUUCUGCACUCGCAGAUGAAAAGGAUCGCUGGAAGGACUCUGUCAGUGAGCUGGAGAAUAAGCUGCAGGACAUAGUUGGUGAUGUCAUGGUCUCAGCUGCAUGUGUGACAUACUGUGGAGCCUUCACUGCAGGGUAUCGCAGGACGAUGGUGGAAAAGUGGCUAGGAUUCUGCACUGCAGUGGCUAUACCUGUGUCUCCUAAAUAUACACUUACAACAGCCAUGGCUGAGAAAAAUCAGGUUAGAGACUGGCAGAACAAAGGAUUACCUCCUGACCAGAACUCCACAGAGAAUGCUAUCAUAAUGCAGAAUGGGACCCGCUGGCCCCUCCUUAUUGAUCCUCAAGGCCAAGCCAAAAAAUGGAUCUGCUGCACUGAGGGAGACAAGCUGCGAAAAGUAUUUGCUUCUGACUCCAACUACAUGAAAACUGUAGAGAAUGCAAUUCAAUUAGGUGAACCUGUUCUUAUACAGGAUAUAGGUGAAGUAUUUGACACUGGUCUUCAACCAGUGCUAAUGAAGAACAUAAUAUCACGAGGAGGACAAGACUUUAUUAAGAUCGGAGACACUGAAAUUGAGUACAACCACAGUUUCAGGCUAUAUCUGACCACUCAGGUGCCAAAUCCUCAUUUCCUGCCUGCUGUGUGCAUUAUCGUCAAGCUCAUUAACUUCUCAGUGGCAUUCGAAGGUCUGCAGGAGCAGCUCCUUUCCAGUGUGGUCUCCCUGCAGAGUCCUGAGCUAGAGCAGCAGCACUGCCAGCUCCUUCAGACCAUCACCGCUGACCUUUUCCUUCUGCAUGAGCUGGAGAACAGGUCUCUGCUCCUAUUGCAGAGGACAGAAGGACACAUCCUAGAUGACCAGGACCUGAUUGAUAAUCUGCAGAACUCAAAAGUCACAUCAAAGGAAAUUUUAAAUCGGAUACAAAUUGCAGAAGAAACAGAGAAGGAAAUAGAUAAGGCACGGAAAAAGUACCUUCCUGUAGCCAAGAGGGGGGCAAUUCUUUACUUUUUGUUAGCAGAUUUGAUUCAGAUCAAUUACAUGUAUCAGUUUUCUUUGGACUGGUUCAAUGAAAUGUUCAUAAAAGCAAUCCAGGAUGCUACCCAAGGUCAAGAGUGUCUUAUCCAUGACCCCUCAGAGCCAGUAUCUGGCACCCUGCGCCCUCUCAAUGCCCAGAACAUGAGGAAACCAGCAAUCCAGUCUGAGAGAAGAAUGUCUAAUAGCAAGGACCUAAAUCUACAGCUCUUGAUGAUGAUCGACACAUUAACUGAAAAUAUAUACAAGGAGGUGUCUCUUGCACUGUUUGCAGAUCACCAGCUCUGUUUCUCUUUCAUGAUGUGUUCCAACAUCAUGCGGACAAAUCACAAUGACACCAAGCUGGUGGAGAGCCUGGAAUAUCUGCCAGAGAAUGAAUGGAAGAUUUUCUUACAUUCAGCUGUCCUAGCAGACAUGAUGGAUACUCCAAAACAAAUGGGACACAGUAAUGGUAUGGAUUUCAAGGUCUGUGCCCCUGGUGCCUGGCUUACAGAUAGCAUGUGGAAGCAGUGUCAGUACAUCAGUGGUCAGCUCCAAGCAUUCACCUCUCUUUGUGAAUCUCUCUUAAGUAAUAAGCAUCAAUGGACGUCUUUCUUAAAAGCCGGCAAUCUGUAUCGGUUUCUGAGCAAUUCCUAUACUAACAAUAGCACUUCUCAACCAACAGCUUCAGUAGCAAUUCAGAUAGUGCCAGGUAAUUAUGUACAAGUACCUGGUCAUGAGGAGUCUGAGGAGAGUCAGAAUCUGUGUGGCACUGUUUUUCCCUGGGAGACCCUCACUGGAUUUCAAAAACUCAUUCUGAUUAAAAUUCUAAAGCCAGAAAGUUUGACAGCAGCAGUAAAAGACUUUGUUUCAGAGAAGAUUGGCUCUAAAUACCUACAGAGUGGGAAGAUGACCUUGAGAGAGGUGUAUGAAAAAUCUAAUGCAAUCACACCUCUCGUAUUUCUUCUGUCUCCGGGAAUGGAUCCAGCUUCACAACUAGCACGGUUGGCCCAGGAGGUGCGUGGUGGAACACUGCAUCUGGACAUGGUCUCCUUGGGGCAGGGCCAGGGUCCCAGGGCCAAGGAGCUUAUCAACAAGGCACAGGUCCUCAAGGGACGCUGGGUCUUCCUGCAGAACUGCCAUCUGGCCGCAUCUUUCAUGCCCAGGCUCCAGUCCAUCAUCAACUCGUUGAAAUAUAAGGGUACCAAUAUUGAUCCUCAGUUUCGGCUUUGGUUAUCCUCUAAACCAGACUCCAUAUUUCCUGCCUCUAUUUUGCAAAAAGGGAUCAAGAUUGCAGUUGAGCCCCCACAGGGCCUGAAGAAAAAGUUACUUCAUACAUUCAGCACGGAAGUGACAGAGAGUACCUUCACAAUGCCUGGCUGUAGCCCGGUCUGGAAGACUCUGCUCUUCAGUCUGUGCUUCUUUAAUGCUGUCGUUCAGGAGAGAAAGAAGUAUGGCCCCUUAGGGUGGAACAUUCCCUAUACAUUUACAUCAUCAGAUCUAGAGGUGUCUAUACUGAACUUAGAGAUGUUACUGGUGGGAGGAUCAGACGUGCCUUGGCCCACACUGCGGUAUCUCACAGGGGAGGUGGUGUAUGGUGGCCGUGUGACAGAUCCCUGGGAUCGCCGGUGUCUACUCAGCAUCCUACACAACUUCUACAAACCCAGCGUCCUGCAGCAAGGCCACACAUACAGCUCUGAUGGGGUGUACCGGCCUAUCUCUGGAGAGCCCAGCUUGUCAGACUGCAGAGUCUAUAUUGAAAGUCUGCCUGACAAAGAUGCCCCUGAGGUGUUUGGAAUGGACAGAAAUGCAGAGAACGUCUUUCUGCAGAGCCAAGCACAGCAUUUGGUCAACACUAUCAUUAGCAUUCAGCCCAGACUUGGAGAUAGCAGCCUCAUUGCCAGCCAUUUUCUUCUUGACAGUGAUGGGCAGACUCAGGAUGAAGUCAUCUUAAAAUUGGCUACUGACAUUCUGAAGACCCUUCCAGGAACUGUGGAACAGCCCAGACAGGCAGCUGGACAAAUACCUACCCUUAGAGAUCUCAUGACAGAAGCUAACACCACUUCUGAUAAAGGUUUUGACCCUUUGGUACACUCUACUUUGCUUAUCGUCUUGCGUCAAGAGAUCGAUUGCUUCAACCAGUUGCUGCUGGUCACACGCUCCUCACUGCAGUCAUUAUGCUGUGCUGUGAAGGGAGAAAUCCUCAUGACUGAGAUGCUAGAGGAAAUCUACAACUCCCUCCUUACAAUGAAGGUCCCAUCCAUGUGGGAGAGGUGUUCUUACGAGUCUUGCAAGUCUCUGGGCUCCUGGAUAGAAGACCUUAAUCAGAGAGUGCAUUUCUUCCGGGUUUGGGGAGAGAAAGAGAAAAUAUAUCUCAUGGAAAGGGUUGCUUCACAGACUGAGGGUAUAAAGCCUACAACAGAGCCACAAUUUCCCACCACCUGCAAGCAACCUCGUAGCUUCUGGUUGUCUGGAUUCUUUUUCCCUCAAGGUUUUCUGACUGCAGUUCUGCAGAAUUCUGCUCGUCUAAAAGGUGUUCCAAUCGACUCUCUUGCUUUCACCUACCAUGUGCAACCCACAGAGCAGGGUCUCAACAAUUGGAGUGGAAGAGUCGAUAAAACAGCAUUUGCCUUUGAGGGCCUUCCACCCCCUAAGGAAGGUGUUCUGGUGUAUGGAUUGUUCUUGGAAAGUGCAAGCUGGGACCCCCUUUCUCAGGCAUUAGAGGAUUCAUUACCUAAUUAUCAACACUGCCCAAUGCCCGAGAUACACUUCUUACCACAGCAGAUUUCAGAUGAAGAUGCACCCAUCGAGACCGAUACAGCGGAUGUACUUCUGUACUAUGACUGCCCAUUAUACCGUACACAAAAAAGGGCUGGCUCUCUGUCUUCAUCAGGACUCUCAACUAAUUUCAUCACUGCAAUCUCUCUGCCAACAACGGUUUCACCUAAUCACUGGGUCAUAAGGGGGACAGCCCUUCUAAGCCAAGUGAAUGAAUAAAGGCUUUUAGAAUCAAGCAGUUAAUUUAAAAAAAAAAAUUCCAAGCAAUAUAAAGUGGGUGUCUUAUAAUUCUUGUACUUC